AUGGCACCAGUUGAAGAGAACGAUAGAGAUAGUGGGAUGGAAUCUCAAGAAGGAUCAACUUUUGAAACAGAAGAUACCGACAAAAAACGACUUGAAAUUGAGGAUGAUGUGGAGGAGGAGCCAGAUGAGACCUUCUCAGAAAGACUAUGGGGACUAACAGAAAUGUUUCCAGAACCAAUCAGAAAUCUUUCUUGUACUGCAGCAACAUGUACAAAGAUUGGAGUAAAAGGGUUAUACAGUUUCUCAAGAAAUGCUUUAUGGGUAGUAUUCAGUACGUCUAUUAUAUUAUUUGCCCCAGUCGUAUUUGAAGUGGAAAGAGCACAAAUGGAAGAAAUGCAGAAAAAUCAACAAAAACAGUUACUUUUAGGACCCAGUUCAGCAAUGGCAGGGGGCGUGCCGCCUCCCAUAAUGCCCCCAAUGCAGAAAAGUUGA